UGGGCGGCUGCGAAGAGUGUCCAGGGGCGGCGCUAGAGGGCACCGCAAGCGCCGCAGGCCGCGGGCUGGGACCCGGGCGCCCGCAGCCCCGCCCCACCUCGUCCCGCCGCAUCCGGCCCGCGCUCGUCGCACCCUUCCCGGCUGAGGCGCUACCCGGUGCUCCCCGAGCAGCCAUGGCUCAGCACUUCUCCCUGGCCGCCUGCGACGUGGUCGGCUUCGACCUGGACCACACUCUGUGUCGCUACAACCUGCCCGAGAGCGCCCCGCUCAUUUACAAUAGCUUUGCUCAGUUCCUAGUUAAGGAGAGAGGGUAUGAUAAGGAAUUGCUCAAUGUGACCCCAGAGGAUUGGGAUUUCUGUUGCAAGGGUUUAGCACUGGAUCUAGAAGAUGGGAACUUCAUUAAACUUGCAGAUAAUGGCACUGUGCUCAGGGCAAGCCAUGGCACCAAGAUGAUGACUGCUGAAGCACUGUCAGAGGCAUAUGGCAAGGAGGAGUGGAAACACUUCGUAUCGGACACGGGAAUGGUUUGCCGCUCAGGAAAGUACUAUUUUUAUGAUAACUAUUUUGACCUGCCAGGAGCUCUUCUAUGUGCCAGGGUGGUGGACUUACUAACAAAGAAGAACAAUGGUCAAAAAACAUUUGAUUUUUGGAAGGAUAUUGUUGCUGGUAUACAACAUAAUUAUAAAAUGUCAGCUUUUAAGGAAAACUGUGGAAUGUAUUUUCCAGAAAUAAAAAGAGAUCCAGGCAGAUAUUUACAUAGAUGUCCUGAAUCUGUCAAAAAGUGGCUUCGACAGCUAAAGAAUGCGGGCAAAAUUCUUCUGUUAAUUACCAGUUCUCACAGUGAUUACUGUAGACUACUCUGUGAAUAUAUCCUGGGGAAUGAUUUUGCAGACCUUUUUGACGUUGUGAUUACAAAUGCAUUGAAGCCUGGUUUCUUCUCCCAUCUACCAAGUCAGAGGCCAUUCCGAACACUUGAGAAUGAUGAGGAGCAGGAGGCACUGCCGUCUCUGGAUAAACCUGGCUGGUACUCCCAAGGGAACGCUGUCCACCUCUAUGAACUUCUGAAGAAAAUGAUGGGCAAACCUGAACCCAAGGUUGUUUAUUUUGGUGACAGCAUGCAUUCAGAUAUUUUCCCAGCCCAUCACUAUAGUCACUGGGAGACAGUCCUCAUACUGGAAGAACUCAGAGGGGAUGAAGUUGUGAGGAGUCGGAGGCCUGAGGAGUCAGAGCCUCUAGAGAAGAAAGGAAAAUAUGAGGGACCAAAGGUAAAACCUCUAAAUAUCUCAUCUAAAAAAUGGGGCUCAUUUUUUACUGAUUCAGUUUCGGGACUGGAAAACACAGAAGAUUCCUUGGUUUUCACAUGGUCUUUUAAGAGAGUCAGUACUUACAGUACUAUUGCGAUUCCAAGUAUUGAAGCAAUUGCAGGUCCCAAGAGUUGGUCUUUUUCUUUCUAUAUUUUACACUGAACUUACUGUGUAAGAAUAUUUACUCGUUUGGUUCACUUCAUUGAAUUUUUACCUAACUCUGGGUAAUAUGACUAAAAUCAUAAUGUAUUUCGUAUGCAGUUUCAUAGAAUAUUUUGGUAAGGAAGAAUUUGCUUCUUUGUAAAGCUCUCUUCCUUUUUUCUUCCAGAUAAUAAGCACCCAACAAUGACUUUCCUAUGACAAAAACACAAUUCUUUUCCUCUUAUUGAGGAAAGUUGGGGGAUUAAGUCUUCUUAUCUCAGUUUUGCUCUCCCAUACUCAGAUUUCUUAACAGUGAUAAACCUCUUCUGUUACAUGGGAGGAAGAAUAAAAUUAAUUUGUUUUGAAUGAAAUAGGAAGUGAAAAACAACCUGAUACUUCCCUCUUAACCUCUCAAAAUGUAUUUGUAUUAAUGUAAUGUUGAUAUAUUGUGGAUAUCCUGUUAGAUGUGUCAUCUUAUUCACAUUAAAUGCAUAGAAGGCAUUUUUAUAGCUGUUAUAGAAGUAUAUAUUAAUAAAUAUAUGUUACAAUGGUGAUUUGGUUUAUAAGCAUUUUGAUGAGAUCAUUUUAACUUUAUAAUAAUAGCUACAUAAAGAAAUAUUAAAAUUAUGAACUUCUAAAACAUUUUAUUCUCAGUAAAUAUCAAAUUUUGAUUUGUUUAUAUUUAUGAAAGAUAUUCAGAGACAAGUGGAAUAAUCAAAUUGUUUUUGGGUUGUCUCC